ACAGCAUAGCCACACAACAUCAACUUCCUUUCACCUGAGUGGACCGUCGCAGCGUCUCCUCCACCUCAGCCACCAAAAUGUUUGACGGCAAGAAAUUCUUCGUGAUCGGCAACUGGAAGAUGAACGUCGACAAGACUCGCAUCGACAACAUCGUGAAGAUGAUGCGCGCUGCCUCUCUCAGCCCCAGCACAGAGGCGGUGGUAGGUUGUCCAUCGUGCUACCUGUCCUACGCCCGCCAGCAGCUGCCGUCCAACAUCGGCGUGGCGGCACAGAACUGCUACAAGGAAGCGCGAGGCAACUUUAGCGGCGAGAUCUCGCCGGCCAUGAUCCAGGACUGUGGGUGUGAGUGGGUGAUCCUGGGCCACCCGGAGCGUCGGACGCUAUUCCAGGAAUCAGACGAGUUCAUCGGCCAGAAGGUGGCACACGCCAUGAAGGCAGGACUCAAGGUGGUGGCGUGCCUAUGCGAGACGAAGGAGGACCGCGCAGCUGGGCUCACGAAGGAGGUUCUUGCCUCCCAGCUGGAGUCUCUGGCGGCGUCGAUCAGCGACUGGUCCCGGGUUGUGUUGGCCUUCGAGGCGCUGUGGGCCAGCAACACGGGGGUGCUGGCCACGCCCGCCCAGGUACAGGAGGCCAUGGCCAUGAUACGGGAGUGGCUGCGGCUCCACGAGGGGAACAGCGUCGCCGACAGCACGCGUCUCAUCUACGCCGGCUCGGUGUCCUCCGGCAACUGCGAGGAGCUGGCGCGGCUCAAGGACGUGGACGGCUUUCUUGUGGGCAGCGCUGCGCUCAAGCCAGACAUCGUGGACAUCAUCAACUCCGGCGGCUCCCACGUUUCCAAGCUCAUCUCCUACUUCUCCGGCGAACACCAUGACGAGAUCUCCGUCUGAGCACGUCGUCUGGUGCGUGGCACCGAUGCCGUAAUAUCUGUCGGGUAUUGGGUUGCGAUGCUUGGUGUGUGAAUCCCAUAUGUCUAGUCCAUGUUAAUGACGCUAUUUAUUGUUAUUUAUCAUGCAAAUUUAUAUUUAUGAAAAUAAAUUAUUUAAGACAA